AUGGAUUAUUUUCUCACCUAUUUCCAUCGAUUUUAUUGGAUGAAGCGAGAGCAAUGGCAUGUGAAUAUAGCAGCCACUGAACCCAUGGCCGUAAUUGACGAGAGUGGGGAUACCACGGCAGUCGAGCCACCGAGAUUUCCUGCCGACAUCGAAGCUGAGUAUCGAGAGUGCAUGAGACAUCUACGCAAAAGCGCACCACUUCCCAAAGAUUUGACCGAAGCUGAAAAGGCUGUUGAACAGAUGGAACAACAGUUGAAAGAAAAGCUUUUACUCGCCAGCGGAAGUGCUGAUGAGGAAGAAGAGGAAGAAGACGAGAGGAGAGUGCUAGAUCGUGGACUACAUCAAAUAACCGAGGAAGAAGAGUAG